CAACAUUUAUCUCUCGAUGGGAUGUCUAACUCAGUGUUACAGUGUGUUUGACCCUAAUUAAUUUUACGCCGGAAUAUCCCUGUAAAUCAGUUUUUUGACCCCACCCACCCUUUGCAAAGAGAGAAAGAAUAUCUCAGUAGCUGGUCGGUUAAUAUUGAAACUUCGGUCCUUGUCUCCCUCAUGUGGUGUGAAAAGGAUGUUACACUUUGUUUAAGUGUCUCUAUGGUGAUGAAAGUGUCAGCAGCACAAGAUUUCCGGGAUUUAAGGAGUUGAGUGUUCAGUUGAAAUACUGAAGUAGAGCAGAACUGGUUUUUAAAGAAGGAAACUCCUCUAUCCAAAGACCGUCAGAAAGCUCUGAUGCACUGACUCUACUGAAAAGAUUUAUACUGAACAAGCAGGAAAAAGGACAUUUGUGGGGUAAGAGCAACUACCUUAUGGCUACUGUUUUAUUGCAUCAGUUAUCAAAGUCACCGUCUAGUCAAUGAGUUCAUAUACUCCAUGGUGAAUAUUUCUUUUGCUUCUCCUGUUUCAUUAGGACAUUGACACCGUUAAAGCAACACAUUAACUCAUGAGAGCUGUAAUGGAAGAAUGAAGAAAAUAACUUAUCUGUUCAUUUCAAUCAGAAAAUGAAGAUGUAAACUUGCAGGCAUGCAGUAAAAGUUCAAUUACAAAAAAUAAUCAUGAACCACAGGUGACUUUUAAAGUUCAAAACACAACCAUGGAACGCCAUCCAUCCACAAGAGCAAGUUGUCUUGUGCAGAAACUCCUGGAGGAUUCUGGGAAUCAAAGGCCGAUGAGGGACCUGGAGUUGAGUCUUCUCUGUGAGUCUCUGUUCAGCGAGCAGCAGAAACUGAAGCAGGUGCUGGACUGGGCUCACGCUUUCCUGAGCGGAGGGUCAGAGGUUCACAGUGAGUUCUGCAGAGCUGAGAGUUUGAUGCUGGCUGAGAAAGAGGAAAAUUCACCGUUAUAUGAAAGUUCAUGUGAAACCACAUAUCACUAUGCCCGCUGUACUGAAGGUGGUAAUGAAAUUUUUGAAGGAAGAGGAGCAGCUGAAGAUACAGAGAAAGUCUGGAAACUUGUGUCCGAUGGUCACCUCUCUUCAUGUGCAAAAUCUCCCCCAGACACUCCCUUCAUACCCCUCACUUCCACUCCAGGAACAGAUAAAGUUACUCAGCAAAGAAAUGUGAAAAGUAUGGAUGCCUCUGACAAACAGACUCUCAGCCAAAGUGACAAGAACAACAUUUUUACAGCAAGCAGUGCACCAUACCUAAAGAAAGAAUCAAACCGUCCAAACACUUUAAGGACUAAAGCAGCUGAAGAAAGUGAAACACCAGGACACAGGGUGGAAACAAAGAAGGGCGUUGUACGGGAGAAAACUGAGGAUGUUUGGAUGCAGAGAGGAAUGAAGAAGAUAACUGAGGAGCAGGAGUCUAGCCCAGAAUUUGCAAUGUCUUCAAAGAAAACCAAAGAAAAAAGUGAGUUUGAAAUGACCCAAGAAAAAGAGAGAAAGACUCCAAGUCAGAGUCAUUUAGAAAUACCUCAAACUCUGACCGUAUAUGAGCAGUACCAGUGCUGUGUAGAUCAGCUGCACCGCCUCAGACUGAGACAGAGGAAACAACUAGAACCUGCAAGAGAAACACAAUCAUCUGAACAAACUACUGUGAAUCCUGAUGUUCAACAACUUUUGUGUGAAAAUGAGAGGAAAAACCCUGCAGACAAUCAUCCAAUAGGACAAUCAGAUGCAUCAAAGUACAUUGAAAAAAUGGAAACACUUGAUCAUGUACAGACUAAAGACUGUGACAAGCUUAGAGACAGAGGUAAACACAAAACAUGUCUGCAGUAUGAUGGCAAAAAAUGUUACAAAUCAUUGAAGGAGAAGACAGAGAGCGAAACCUCGAUAGAUUAUUUUAGUCGUACAUCUGUGGAGCAGCUGACAGCUACACUGAAUGAUGAUGUUGUUGUUGCCGUGGAGAGGACUGCUGCAAUCACUGUUGAUCCAGGUACUUAAGAAUCAUUCAUUGAUUAAUCAUUUCAGGCUGUUUCAUAACAAGCUAAAAACUCCUCACAGGAACUUUAAGACAUCACGUGACUUUAAAUGGUGUUAAUGUGAAAAGGGUUAAAAAGUUUAAUGCUAAAUUUUAGUCUUUGUCACUCUUUGUGUGUGUCCAGGUCCAUGUUUGAAGACCAAAGGAAAAAAUCAGGGUUUAAAGCAUCACCAAAGCAGUGUCAGAGGACAGAGGAAAAAAGCUGGGAGUAGAGGAGCCUCACUGGGACUCUAUGAAAAGUCAAAUAGUUACAUGCAUUUAUUGAACAAGAAUGAGAUACUACAAAGGUAACAGACAAAGAGUCAAAUACAUACACAUCAAUAAUAUUUGCUACUGUACCUUUGGACCAUAUUUGUCCUCCUAUUCUGCAUUGUUUUUUUAAUUUGCUCUAAAUAUUGUCAUCAAAUAUAGAAAAAUGGAAACAAAACAACUUUAUGGGACAUAAACACAACUCUACUUGUCUCUCCAGCAGACCUCUGUCAUCACAAGUAAAUAGAAAUGCAGAUGCUCACACUCUAGCGGAUCAAAUGAAGGCUUCCUCAGACUGUAAAGCUACACACACAACGCUGUACGACAACCCUACAUGGAAAUCUGCAGCUGUGGGUGAGUUUGACACCAAGAUGAUUUUAAGACCAUAUUGAUUAUAUUUAACAGUUUCGCUGCAUUUUACACAUUGAUUGUUUUUUUUUUUUCGUCUUUCUGUGAGAGAAGCUCUGAUCAGAGGGAAAGUUCAUGUGGGGAAAAUUAAAUCAAGGAAUCUAGAAAGAGUUCUGCACUGUUGUUUAACUCAACAAUAAUAAGAUAAAAUGUUCUAACAUUACAACUUUACAAAUAUAUAACAGGUGCAUGGAGAUGUGAAAAAGCUAACUGCAAAUACAGGGUAAGAACUUUCUUUCUACUCUUCAGAUAUUAUCAGUCUGCACACGGUCAAGGUUUAAAGAUGUAAAGCUUCUGACAGAAUAUGUGAGAUAUUUGUUUUGUUUGACAUUAAUAGUGGUACAUCUCAGCUGUGGUUGUUAUUCCCUAUUUCAGCCAGCAGGUGUCGCUGUCAAUGCACACUGGUUGUCUCUCCCUGAUGAGGUGUGGCUGUCUGUCCUGUCCCUGCUGCCUCUCAGGGAUCUGAGCAGAGUGAUGCAGGUCUGCAGACGCCUGCACACACUGGCUACAGAUCACACACUCUGUGAGUCAACCCCACUCUGCUAUUAACACUGAAUAUAUGCAGAUUAGGUAUGAGACUAUAUCUGUUAGAGUUUGACUACUCAGGAUGAAUGUUUGGAGAAAGAUGUGCAAUAGAAAAGUUUUCAGAUUUUUGAGUGAAAUAAGCAAAAUCACAGUUUUCAAUGCCUGACUUACAGGCAGGUAUUUCAGUAUACACACAAGAGAACCAUAGGUAAAAUGAAUUACUAUACAUCAAUAAUUACCUCUAUGUCAACCUGGCAAUUUUGGAUGUUAAACUACGCCAUAACUUCCAAGUGUUGGGUAGUUAAAACUUCAGACAUGCUUUGUUAUAUUUUAAACAUCAUGUGAAGUGAAUAAAAACAAAACAAGGUAGGUACUGAUGAAAAACAGCCUGAUUUAACCUGUGUGAAAAAAACUUUCUGCAGCAUGAUCAAGCAGGGUAUAAAUACAGCCCAAGAAGUGUUUUUUUAACUCUACUUUUCAUUACAUAUGAUUCUUCAUUUUACCCCCCCCCCCCAAAAAAAAAAAAAUGAAAUUGCCUAAUCAGCACAGCAACUUGGUAAUCAAUAACCAAAACAACUGCCAUGUAUUAAGUAUCAAUAGCUGCCUUACAAAUAAAGUGUGUUCAAAAGUCCAAAGUUUUCCACUGUGACCUAAUAAAUCUGAGUAAAUGACUAAAACGAAAAUGGUCAACAAAGGUACAAAUGACUUCUUAUUUAUAAUUUACACAUGUAGAAAUACCUCAAACUCUGACCAUAUAUGAGCAGUACCAGUGCUGUGUAGAUCAGCUGCACCACCUCAGAUUAAGACAGAGGGAAAAACUAGAACCUGCAAGAGAGAAACAAUCAUCCGACCAAACAACUGUGAAUCCUGAUGUUCAGCAACUUCUGCGUGAAAAUGAGAGGAAAAACCCUGCAGAUAAUCAUCCAAUAGGACAAUCAGAUGCAUCAAAGUACAUUAAAAAAAGGAAACACUUGAUUAUGUACAGACCAAAGACUGUGACAAGCUAAGAGACAGAGGAAACCACAAAACAUGUCUGCAGUAUCAAAGUAAAAAUAGCUUAAGAAGUGUUUUCAUAACUUUACUUUUCAUAACAUGAUUCUUCAUGUUAUCUCCCCAAAAUAAAAAUAAAAGUGAAUGAGAUAAAUAACAUUGAGUCUUUGCUGUUACAUAAGUUGAAUGUCCUCAACCUUUCCAACUUUUCCAGUGUGUGUGUGUGUGUUGGGCAGCACAUGGUGCAUUCUCAUGAUGUAAGUAGUUCCAUUGUGGAGGUGUCCUGCACCACUCCCUGGACAAACACACAGUGAGAUAACCCAGAGCUGUACCAUCACAUGAUCUCCACCAGCACAUACACUGGAGAUCACAGAUUCAACCAGACUAUUUCCCUCUCUCUCUCUCUCUCUUCAUCUCUCUCUCUCUCUCUCUCUCUCUCUCUCUCUCUCUCUCUCUCUCUCUCUCUCUCUCUUCAUCUCUCUCUCUUCCUCUGUAGGGAGAGAUGUGAAGGUUGAAAACUCCACCCUGACAGAGCAGUGGUUCCUCUUGAUGUGCACACGUCGUCCUCGCAGUCUGAGUCUGUACAGCUGCAGUGGACCCUCUCUCUCCUUCCGUGGACUGGGGAGGUUUUUCACUCAGUGCAGAAACUCUCUGGAGGUAAAACUGCUGAUCAGAGCUGACCUUAUCAACGUGCUCCGAUUUAUCAACUGUUCAGAUCAGUAUUGUGUUGAUGUUUGCCAUCACAUGGUUUUACAGGGUGGCCCUCAAGCCUCAAGAUUAGACCGUUGAAAUCAAUUAGCCACUGUUCUUUUUCAAGGAAAGCUAUUCUUGAUUUACCAGUGACCCACAUUUUUUUAUUCCUCCUCUGAGACUGAGACUCUAUUGACACAACACAACACAUAACACAAGAAGUACUAUUCUUUCAGUGUGUAUAGAGCAGAAAUGUCAUCCUUUUUACCGUCUGAAAAACAACCUCUAGAAACAUGACAUGAACAUGAUAUGGAUGCUGCUUAUUGAUUGGUUAGAUCAUAUUGUAGUACCAAAGUUCAGAGUGCAUUUAUUCUCUGCACUGUUACUACAAUGACACAGUUAUUAGUGAACAAAUCCUCAGUGUUAAAGGGAUAUUCCGGCGUAAAAUUAAGUUAGGGUCAAACACACCAUAACACCGAGUUAGACACCCCCUCGAGAGAUGAAUGUUGCCAACCGAUUGCUUCUCUAGUUAUACCAACUUUAGUAACAACUUCACGAUAGCAAUACAGAGAGCCACACGCUCAACCAAAACACCACAAUAUAGCCACAAAUAAUGCUCAGAACAGCACCUAACUUCAUCAACAGUACAUAUAGGGUCCCAGCCCUAGCACUAUCCACCAAACAUCUUUUUAACUUUGCCUAAUUUCUUUUGCAAAAACACCAAACACAACUCACCCUCUCUCUUCCAGCAGCCGCUUGUUUGUAUGGAGACUUCCGGGCGAGUCCAUUGACUGCAGCGGGGUGACGCAGCUCAAGGAAGACCAUUUAUGAUUAUUGCUUUAACACAGUAGUUCUUCUGCCUUAGCAUCUUGGUCUGAUCACAUUUUCAUGAGGAAAUGAUCAUAAAUGUUCUUCCUUGAGCUGUGUCACCCCUCAGCAGUCCGUAUUGGACUGGCCCGAGGUCUCGCUACAAACAAGCAGCUGCUGGAAGAGAGAGGGUGAGUUGUAUUUUGUCUCUUUGCUAAAGAAAUUAGGCAAAGUUAAAAAGAUGUUUGGUGGCUAGUACUAUGGCUGGGACCCUAUAUGUACCGUUGAUGAAGUUAGGUGCUGUUCUGAGCAUUAUUUGUGGCUAUAGAGUGGUGUUUUGGUUGAGUGAGUGGCUCUCUGUAUUGCUAUCUGUGGUCGUUACUAAAGUUGGUAUAACUAGACAAACAAGCAAUUGGCAACAUUCAUCUCUUGAUGGGGUGUCUAACUCAGUGUUAUGGUGUGUUUGACCCUAACUUAAUUUUACGCCGGAAUAUCCCUUUAAGCUUCCUGUUACUCGUAUUUACCUGAAAUAUCACUUAAGCAAAGUCAUAAAAUAUAUCACCACAUAUAAUGCGAGGUUGGUAACAAUGAUUAGGUUGUGAAUGUCAGGUGUGUCUGUAUUAUCUAAAGUGUUAUGUAAUGUUUGCCAGGUGUUAAUCACAAGAAGAUAAACUGAUUGCCAUGGCGACAAAACUGUAGCUAAAGAUAUGUACUUGAAUGAAUUACAUGCAUGAAGGUCCAAAUAGGACAUUGCUGAACUUCUCCUCAGUUCUGUGAAAAGUAUUUACAUUUGAAGCAUCCUAGUUUCCCUUGUCAAUAAUGUUUAAAUGGAUUCUUCACUAAUUUAAGAUACUGUAGCAAGUUAUUUAUCAACUGAUCAUACCAGCACUGUGCAAAUUCAUCUUUAAUAUGAACUAGAGUUAAUUUCAAAGUGUUAUUUGUUAAUUACAGGAAAUCCACAUCACAAGUUGCACAGGUCCAGGCCUCCAUGGUGACCAGAUGCUGUCCCUGAUUGGUCAGCUGUGUGAUCAUGUGACUGACGUGGACAUGAGCUGGAGCGGGACAACAGAUGCAGGAGUUAAAGCUCUGACUGACUGCUGUUCUCGGUCACACAAACAAAUAUGUCCCUAAAACUGUUAAUGAAAGCCCACUUUUAGCUGUUUUGGUCAAAAAUAAAUAACAUGCUAAAGUCUGAUGUAUCAACAACAUGAUAUACCUGUGUGAAAUCCCAGUUUACUCCUUUUUUCUACACAUUUAGAUCAUGUUGUUGUUGAUUUUUAAGGUUUCCAGUAUACACAGUAUUGAUCCUUUAUUUAUCUUUACUGUAGGUUGAGACUAAAAUCUGUUGUCCUGAAUGGAUGUCAAAUCACUGAUGACCCGAUGAAAAAACUCAUCACCAGACACAAUACGAGGUCAGUAUAAGUACAUCUUUAUUCAUCCAUCAUCUCUAAAAAUGUAGAGCUACUAUUACUUGUAUGAUUGUGCAUAUUAGGACUGGGAAUCAACAAGAGACUCACCAAACAAUACCGUAUGAUAUGAUGGGAUACAACGCCAUACAAUACUACAUGACACACGAUAAGUAGCCCAUAAUAAGAGUAUACUUAGUACAGUGAUACUGAGUCGAUUUAUAUAGGCUACUGCAAGACAACCGUAUAAUGAUACAUAAGACUUGAUUUACUGAAGAAUACAAGUGAAAGAGGUGAUUCAUGAAGUCUAACCCUUUACAGCUUUGACUUUCUUUGGCCCGUUAACUUCCCUUCACUUUGCCCUUAAUGCACUAAAGACUUUGAUGGUGUGGCUGACUGUUGUUUUUAUUUAAUGUUUUUAAACUUCAAUGUGUGUGUGUUUUGUUUUGUUUUUUUCCAGCUGGAUUGUACUUGACACUCACAUUAGUAUUUUGACUUUGCAUUACAGUAGAUAAUCUGAUCAUAUGUGAUUUGGAUGAGGACUAUAUCUCUUUUUGUUUCUGCUGUGUGAAUGUGUUUUCAUUUCAGCCUGUGUAGAUUGGAGAUGUUCGGCUGUCAGUUUCUCACUCCAUCAUGUCUACAGACAAUAUAUGAGGUACUUUAUUUUCAAAUGUAAUAACAGGAUGUAAACAAUAAAUAAGCAAAAACAAAUGCGAUUCAUUACUUUGGCCUGUUUCAUAUAUAUUUUUGUGUUUUAGAUGUGUCCAGACCUCCAACAUCUUAACAUUGGACAAGUGCCAAAAGUCAACACAGACUGUCUCACAGCGAUAACAUCCUAUCUUAAGCGUCUCAUUUCACUAAAUCUCUCUGGACUCCUGGCUGUGAGAUCAAAUUUUGUGAUUUAAAACAUCCAAAAGGGAUGAAUCUGUCUUUGAAACUUUAAAAAACUUCUGACUGUGCUGAUGGAGUCUCAUUUGUACGAAAGAGGAUUAGAGCCACACAAGGAGAAAAAAACAACUACAGGAAGAAAAUUAUGAUUAAGUAAAUUUAGGUUGUGAACAUUGUCGAAAUUUCAAGAUAAAAAAAAAAAUUGAGAUUAAAGUCAAAAUUUUGAGAUUAAAUUCAACAUUUAGACUUUUUUCAAUUUUGACUUUGACUUGGAAAUUUAAAAAAUCUCCCUCCUGUAAUUAUUUUUUUUCUUUUCUUGUGGCCCUAAUCCUCUUUUUGUACAUACAUUGACCUCCAUGUUUUGAUAAAUUAUCUGCCUCUGUAUUUAUUGGCUGUUACAGGUUUCCGAUGCCACAGUGGACACUUUGCUGCAGAACUGUGUUGAACUCCUGAGUCUGACUCUCAGUUCCUGUCCUGGAGUCACAGACCUGACACUGCACAGCAUCAGCAAGUACACACCUUCGAUCAAGUGCGUUCAGACAACAACAUAUUUUAGAGUGAAGCGUAUUGGCUUGCAUCAGUCAGUUUGAAUGUGGUGUUGUUUACCCAUUAAUUAAAAAAUCAAAUCUAAACUCUAAAUCAUUACCAAGAAUAUGGAGUCAUUUGAGCGUGUGGUUGUUAAUCUUACAUCACCUGUCCUUAUCAUCCUCUUGGUGUGAUCUUAUGUUUGUGUGUCAGAUCCUUGGAUGUGAACGGCUGUAAGGCAGUUACAGACACAGGAAUUCAAUAUCUAGCUCUGGGAUGUAGACGACUUCAGCAGCUGGAUGUCAGUUCCACCUGCACAGGAAACAGAGGGUACAACACGCUGAAAAUGUGGAAUAAGUGUAAAAUCUAACGCUCACUAACAGGAAUUAUGUGUGUGACGCAGGGUGUCUCUGCUGGCAAAUUACUGCAAUGAACAUCUGCAUACUGUCAAACUGAGUUUCUGUCACGUCGGCACAGAGAAAAUACUGAAGCUCUGCAAACACUGCAAAAGGUGAGGACACACACACUCACAGAAAUAUUUAGGCCUCAUUGCAUAAAAAAUUUCCAUCCAUUUGAAUUACUUAGAUUUAACAUAAACAGGCCAAUAAACUUUAUGUGUCGCAUAUUUGUCAGUCAAAUGUAAAUGAGAUCAUUAAGAAUUAGAUUUUUGUAAUAAUACCAAGAAACUAAAUGUGUUAAGAUUUAUGUAUUCAUCAUUAAUAUAUCCAAUUUGUUUCUGUCUAAUAACUUUUAACUAAAUGAAUCUUGGUUGAUCCAGAGCUCAUCAUAUUUAAUUCAUAUUCAUACAUUUUAACUGAUUAAAUUGAAUUGUUUUCAGAAUAGCAGUUUUUUAAAGAAACUUGAAUAAAUAAAUUCUAAAAUAUUUAAUAAUUUAAAAUUGAAUAGAUUUAAAUACUUAAAAAUAAACAGUUUUUCUGAGUGUUGGUCCAUAAAAACAGUUAUUACCUCUAACACAUAAUAUGCUAUGAUGAAAUUUGAUUUGGCCCUCAGAUUAAAGUCAGCUCACUUAAAAUAAGUAUAAAUGUAAUACAUUAUUCUUAAAUAUGUUAUUACAUGAAUCAUAACUAUUCCAGGAGGCCUAAUAAAAUCAUUAAAAGAGACAUCUAAAUUAUAUAUGCAGCAUUUAUAUUUGUUAUUGAUUAAUGUUGAUUGUUGCAUUUCAUAACAAAUCGUAAAAUUAGGGAGUUAAGUUGUUGAUAUAAGACAGGGGAACACCCUGAACAAGUAUCACUGGUUAUUUAUUGAGCUGACACGCCGAGAAAAACAACCAGUCACAUUUGUACCAUGUGCACCUUGAAGUCACCAGUUAACUGAACAGGCGUGUCUUUGGACUGGGAAAGGAAGCUCCAGUAUCCUGAGAGAACAUCAAAAAGGAGAAACUCCAAACACAGAGGCCCCCUGUUCAGAGAUUCAAACUAGGAACCCUCUCGCUCUGAGGUGACAGUGAAAAAGUCAUAUUUAAAAAGUUGAUGCUGUCGUGAAAACAUGAGAGAUCGGUAAAAUUUGCUUGGAAAUCCUCUUUUUACUCAGUGCAGCUUUCAUAAAACAGCAGCAGACGUACCACGAACAGCAGCCUGCUUUCUUAACAUGACAAGCACAGUGUGAGAAAAGCAACUUUGUACUUCCAAGCAUGAAAACAAUGACUGUCUGUUUGGUGGGGAUACUCAGAGGAGAUCAGCUGCCACGGCUGGUGGUGUUAUCAUAAAGUGAUGUCUGGAUUUGAAAUUUUAAAGAGUUAAUCUGGCAAACACUACCCAAACCAAUCAUGUGACAAUAAGAAAGAAAUCGACACACUGUUUGCUGUUACCAUGUUGUUUUUUUCUUUUAGGUUGAGGGUGCUCCAUCUCUACGGCUGUGCUCGACUCCCCACUGAGGGAGAGAUCAGACGAGUAAACACUGCUGUUCAAGUUCAGCCUCUGCCUUGACUCACAAUCACAAACAUCUGAACACAGCGGGACAAAUACACAUGACAGAGCCCUGAGCACAAUUCCACUGAGCAGCAUUCAUUGACUCAUUAUGACUUCUGCUGAAGAGGGAUUCAAAUGCAUUAAACGUAUGUGAGCAAAAG